AUGGUAGCAGGGGACAGAGUCCCCACCAAAGCCAAUGAAUGCCUGAGCAGUGGCAUCUCUUCAUUUCCACUCUCUGAGGGUGGGAAGGGGAAAGGAGCUGCUACUGCCUUCACCAUCUGCCUGACUCCGUUUCCCAGCCGGUCUCUCGCUCUCGUCUCCCCCAAGAUGGCGGCGCCCAUGGGCGAGGGCUGCAAGGCACUUGAGAGCGCCGAUCCCUCCGUUCUUCUCCCUGGCGGCGCCGCUCCAUACGGGAAUUUCCCCGACUAUGCCCGCUUCCACCCGCCGGAGGGGCGCGUCCGUCUCCUGCCGGCCGCGCUGCUGAGCCAGCUGUUCCCAGGCCCGCGGGCAGAGCCGCUUUUGGGGCUGGACGUGGGGUGCAACUCCGGGGAGCUCAGUGUCGCCCUCUACAGGCACCUCCUUGGGCUAAAAGAGAACCAAGCCAGCCCUGAGCAUUCCAUGACUGGGAAGGAUCUAAGCCUCCUCUGCUGUGACAUUGAUGCAGUACUGAUUGAGAGAGCCAAGCAACACAGCCCCUUCCCCAGCUCCAUUUCCUAUGCCACCCUCGAUAUCAUGGAUGCCAAGGCAAGGGAGCCUCUGCUGAGCUCGUAUCUGAGCAAGUUUGGCCGCUCUACUUUUGAUCUUUGCUUCUGUAUGUCUGUGACCAUGUGGAUCCACCUGAACCAUGGGGACAGCGGUCUGGUGAAGUUCUUGGCCUUCCUUGCCUCCAAGUGUACGUACUUGCUUGUUGAGCCUCAGCCAUGGAAAUGCUACCGAGCAGCCGCCCGCCGCCUACGGAAGCUGGGCAGGAAUGACUUUGACCACUUCCGAUCACUCGCCAUCAGCGGGAACAUGGCGGAGAAAAUAAGCCAGAUCUUGACCCAAGACUGUGCAAUGGAGCUGAUGUGUUGCUUUGGAAGCACCAGCUGGGACAGGAGCCUCUUGCUUUUUAAAUCAAACGCAUUGAGCACCUGCAGUGAUUAAGAACUGGUCACUGCUUGUAUUUGGUUAAAGGGACAGUGCUGGUUGAUUGGCGGGGCUCUCUGCAGUCCCCACUGCCAUCCUUUGUCCCCACCCAAUCCUUAGGGGUUGGCGAACUGGGGAAGCAACCAAGCCCUAUGCCGAUCCUCCUAGCCCUGUGCUGGACUGGCCCGAGGAGGAAGAGGACAGUGCUGGGCAGUGCCUCCAGCAGGGCUGGGAGGUGCAAACAGAAAAGGUCCUUCUCUAUUCCCACCCUGCCAUACCUCUGUCUGUGUUUCUGUGUGUGUGUGUUUUCGCCCCACCACAGUUCAAGCCCGUUACAGCCACGGCAAGGUAAAAGGACAACAACAGAGAGACAGACAUGCCGCUGCAGCAGGGCAGGAAGAGAGAGGGAGACACUGCUGUGGCUGCUUGCCCCGGCAUCAGCACUGCUACUGCAUCCCUGCAACUCCAUGCUACUGCCAUCACUUCCCGCCCGGGCCUAUCACCCCCACUUCAUACAGGGCACAACAUUCAGCAUCCUAAAAUCAAGUUUGUUAGGGUUUUUUAAAAUCAAGCCCUUGUGGCUGCUCAAAAGGCUUGGGAGUGUCCUGGCAAUGAGUGAAAGCUUGGGAGCCAAAGGAGGGGCCAUUGCUUAGGAUUUUCACUGCUCUGGAGUGGGACUUCAAGGUCUCUGCAUUGCUCUUCCUCAUACCAAUCAGAAACAGAAUAAAAUACAAACUUAACUUGCAUAAUUAAGGUGGGUUCUAGAAUUCUUACUUUGCCACAGAAAUUUAAUUCUGUUUUUAUUUCUGAAAAUACUCCCCAUCUUUCAUGGCAUGCUUUCCUUUUCUCUGCAGCAAUAUUGCCUGCAUCUCGAAGGUAGAGCUGUGUGUGCCAUCUAAAACUAGUUCUGUAGGACAAAAGUUAGCAACAUCCCUAUGUUUGGCUUAUGCUGCCAACAGCUGGCUUCCGGAAAGCUGUGAUAUGCCAGUGUAAAGGCUCUUUACCAGCAUUGAUAGGAUCAGACUGACAGACGUCCAUCUCUAUUUGGCAGCGUGGAAGUUGUCCGUGUGUGCCUCAAUUUUCCCAUCUGUAAAAUGUGAAUGUAAGGCACUUGUCUGCCAUACACAAGAACCAAAGGAGCUAGGUAUUAGAGAUGGGUCCAUGGAAUAGCCCAUGGGAAUUUCCUCCCAUUGUUAUGUACUUAAGAAAGGAGAACAAAGUAUGUUUCUUGAGAUGAUGUGACUGGAUCUUUUUUAGCACCAUAGCUAAAAAAAAUAUUUAUUGGCUCUUGAUCAGCUUACAAAACUUAGAACUGAGAAUAAAGGCAUGCAUGCGCCUGAUUUUUUUUGGCAUUCAUUUUUGGGGGGCAGCAUAUGAAGUUUCAGCUCUCUGUUAGCUGCAUAGAAAUGACUGACUAGGGCGGCACUGGAUGAGAUUUGAAUUAGGUGAGCUGUUGGGAGGGGCCAGAGGAAACCCCAAUAAGGCAGUGGCAGAUUGAAGAGCUCCUCAGCUUAGCUCCUAAAAGCUGCUGGAUAAUUUUGCAUAGAAGGUGGUGGUAAAUGGGGACACAUUUUUGACCAUGUCAAAAUGCCCUGGAAAUAUUUAUUUGAAUACAGCUGUACAUGAAAUGCCUUCAAAUAGGCAUCUCCUUCAUUCAUGUUAUGUUCUUUUUUUCUUGCUUUAUGUUUCAAAAUGGUUAUCAACUGCCCCCCACCCCCACCCCGUGUACAAGUAGCCUUUGCAAAAGAUAGAAGGCCAAAUGCUCCAAUCCAGGAGAUUUGGGAAGUAUUGAUGUGUAUAUCUCACAUUGAGCAGUAUUGGAUGGAACAUGAAGCAACACUCAUGUUCUUGCUUCUCCAGCAGUUCAUUUGUUCCUCUGUGUCCCAACAGACGUAUCUUUUGGCUUUCUCUUAACUUGGCCUCUCUUUACAUGUCCUCCUAUUUUUCUUAACCUUUGUUCUAUUCCCUCUUUACUAUCUCUACAGUAUAGUUUUAACAUGUAAUAAAAUGUGUUUCAUCUUUAA